AUGCUUUUUGGAACUCGUCCUCGUCCACCAUCAUCAUCCCUCGCCCUCUUGACCUCUGUGCUUCUGUGGCCUUCUCUUGCCUCUGCUAAUCCGAUCCGCGACACCAAAUAUCUACCCGCGCAGAUCGGCGGUAUCAUUGCGGCAUACGGAGUCUCCUUGGUGCUGGUCGCCAUCCUCUUGCUUUCGCUUUCUAGACGACGAAGAGAACAUCUCAGUGGGAACGAUAUCCCCAGCUACGUUCUUCAACUUCCGGUAGACCCAAAGUUUCAGCAGUUCCAGCAGCAGCAGCAGCAGUUCGAUUUCGCAGCUCAACCCGAGGGCCACGUUGUUCCUCCUCUGAUCAUCCCCAAGUCCGAGUACUAUCACUCUGGUCCAUAUAGCGCCCGCAUCUUCGAUCCCAAGGCGCACCCCGCAUCAUACAUCUUACCAUCGCCCUCUUCGUCUGCCAUUCCUUCUACUCUUGGAGUCUCACCACUUGUAGACCAAAACGUCGUUGCAGCAGACAGAGCCAUGGCGCAACAACAGCUUGAAGAAAUGUACAAAUAUGUCAUGGAGCAUGAGGAGGCCAAGCAAAAGGGCAUCAUUCUCGAGUCUCCAGUUGCCUCUCCGAACCCUCAGCGCGACUCGGCUACAUCAAAGACCGGUCUUCUGUCAAAGAAGAACAAGGCUAAGCCUGCCGGGUUGAACCUGGCUGCGGCUAAAGAAGAGAAGUCCCAGUCAAAGACUUCGGCUCUCUUUUCCUCGCUCCUCUCGCCGAAGAAGAAGGCGGCCAAGGGCAUCAACAUCUCGUCCCCCAUCAUGACGCCCAUGUCGGGAACUUUCCCUCAGCAUGAAUCUCGCGAGAUGAGCGCCAUUCCUCCAAGGCAUUACGCUCCCGCGCCUCCGCCUCCGAUCCCGACGGACCAAAUUCCCUUUGGUGGCUCCAACGGCAGGGUGUCGGGUGCUCCCAUCACCCCCGAUAUGUCUCCCGAAAGCAUUCAAACCAUCGACGAGCGCAUUGGAGAUGCUUUCGGCCGCGCCAAUCGAUCGAGGACUACGCUACCGUAUGGCGAGAGAGAGCCCGAUUCAGCCACUACGGAAAGCUCUCAGGCUCCCUUGGUUGGUCUUCCAUCAUCUCCCAAGCCCGGAAGCACGUUUCCUUCGCUGCCGUCUUCACCCCGGCCCGGUGCCUCCUUCUCCCGCCCUAACCCGCCGUCUGCGGUCCGAACCGGUGGAGCCUUGCCCCUUCGUGCCUACGAAGAGCAGCUGGGCUCGCCUUUCGUCACUGCUCAGACGACCAAGCAGACAGUCUUUGAGAGAACCGGCCCUCUAUCACCAGGUGGCGGCAUGACUCCGUUUACCGGAACCGCAGUGCCGUACUCUCCGUAUCAGCCGUACACUCCUUGCGUCCCAAUCACCCCUGGAUUGGUUACUAAGGAAGAUCGCAAGCGCAUGAAGCGAAUGGUUCCCAAGACGCCUACAUUGGAGAUGGUCAAGAGCUCUGAGGAUAUCUGGUAA